ACCCCUCAGUGUUGUCAGGCAAAAUAUAAGACAGCAGUAGGAGCAGAGAUCUGCAAUAGAUAAACACACAGACACACACACACCAGCUGGAUUGCUCGCAGACACACCACAAGCACCGAGAGAUAGACGCCGAAGAAUUGGGGGAUCGUGGCUCUGCUUUCUCUAAUAUUUUAAUGGGCUUACUGUCAUCUAUUGUUUCAGUGGAAAACAGCCACCGAGAGAGAGGGGCAGGUGUGCCCUUUAAGAGGGGGAGCAGCUGAAGCAAGGACAGCAUCCGAGUAUCCAUCCUCUUUGGAGGUUUUGCAAUUCUGAAGAGUGCAAGAAAGAGAGGUGGUCAGUCAAAGCUCUGUGGUUUUCUGUUCUCGUUCCUUCCACCUGGAAAUAGGCUGCAAUGGUUGGCAGUAAUCAAAGGCCUAAACCUGUCUGAGUGAGCCUUAUGAACAGCAGACCCAAUGGACAUCAAAGGCCAGUGUUGGACAGACGAGGAGUCGGACGGGGAAAACGAGUCAGAACAGUUCCUGUAUGGCAUUCAGGGAAGCUGUGCUGCUGACCUGUACCGUCACCCUCAACUGGAUGCAGAUAUUGAGGCAGUAAAAGACAUCUACACAGACAGUGCUGUCUCUGUUAGGGAGUAUGGAACCAUCGAUGACGUGGACAUCGAUCUUCAUAUUAACAUCAGUUUCUUAGAUGAGGAGGUUGCAACAGCUUGGAAAGUUAUCAGAACAGAGCCCAUUAUUCUGAGACUGCGCUUUUCUCUUUCUCAGUACCUCGACGGACCUGAGCCGUCAGUAGAAGUGUUCCAACCCUCCAAUAAAGAAGGCUUCAGCCUGGGCCUGCAGCUCAAAAAGAUUUUGAGCACGUUCACCUCACAGCAGUGGAAGCACCUCAGUAAUGAGUUCCUCAAGGCCCAGCAGGAGAAAAGGCACAGCUGGUUCAAAGCCGGUGGAACCAUCAAGAAGUUCCGCGCCGGGCUCAGCAUCUUCUCCCCCAUACCCAAGUCUCCAAGUUUUCCUCUGAUCCAAGACACAGUUUUAAAAGGAAAGCUAAGUGUCCCUGAGCUGAGAGUGACCCGCCUGAUGAACCGCUCUAUCUCAUGUACCAUGAAGAACCCUAAAGGGGAGCUCUUCAGCUAUCCACCAAACAGUCAGACUGUGGCUGUCCCGGCGGCCAGGGCCCCAGCGCAGAUUACCACGAGGCAGCUGAUUGAAUUGUUUUUCUCAUCCCAGGCGGGCGGCCACUGCAAGAACAUCCCUACCUUGGAGUACGGCUUCUUAGUGCAGAUAAUGAAGUAUUCAGAGCAGAGGAUCCCCACGCUCAACGAGUACUGCGUGGUGUGCGACGAGCAGCACGUCUUUCAGAAUGGAUCCAUGUUGAAGCCGGCUGUGUGCACCAGGGAGCUGUGUGUGUUCUCCUUCUACACUCUGGGGGUGAUGUCAGGAGCUGCAGAGGAAGUGGCCACUGGAGCAGAGGUGGUGGACCUGCUUGUGGCUAUGUGUCGAGCUGCUCUCGAGUCUCCCCGUAAGAGCAUCAUCUUUGAGCCCUACCCAUCAGUUGUUGACCCAAAUGACCCCAAGACUCUGGCCUUCAACCCAAAGAAGAAGAAUUAUGAGAGACUGCAGAAAGCACUGGACAGCGUCAUGUCCAUCCGGGAAAUGACCCAGGGCUCAUAUCUAGAGAUCAAGAAACAGAUGGACAAACUGGACCCUCUGGCCCAUCCCCUGCUACAAUGGAUUAUUUCCAGUAACAGGUCCCACAUUGUCAAGCUGCCUCUGAGUAGGCAACUGAAAUUCAUGCACACCUCCCACCAGUUCCUGCUGCUCAGCAGCCCCCCGGCCAAGGAAGCUCGUUUUCGCACUGCCAAGAAGCUAUAUGGCAGCACCUUCGCCUUCCAUGGUUCCCAUAUAGAGAACUGGCACUCUGUUCUGAGAAAUGGACUAGUCAAUGCCUCUUAUACCAAACUGCAGCUGCAUGGUGCAGCGUAUGGAAAGGGCAUCUAUCUGAGCCCCAUCUCCAGCAUAUCUUUUGGAUACUCAGGAAUGGGGAAAGGACAGCACCGCAUGCCCACCAAAGAUGAACUGGUGCAGCGUUACAACCGAAUGAACACCAUACCACAGAGCCGCCCAAUACAAUCAAGGUUUCUUCAGAGCCGAAAUCUGAACUGCAUCGCUCUGUGUGAAGUGAUCACAUCUAAGGAUCUGCAGAAACACGGCAACAUUUGGGUGUGUCCAGUUUCGGACCACGUCUGUACUCGCUUCUUCUUUGUGUAUGAGGAUGGCCAAGUAGGAGAUGCCAACAUCAACACCCAGGAGCCUAAGGUGCAGAAGGAGAUCAUGCGUGUGAUUGGGACCCAGAUCUACUCCAGCUAAUGGAGGUUCUCCAUGUGUCUCUCUGGCGGAGACACACAGGCAGGCAGACAGCGAAUGUUUGGGCGAGCUGAACUCGGGCCUGAUACUGAAGGCAGAGGGAGCUCUUGAGCAUAUUAUUUCUAAAGUUGUUUUGUUCUGAUCCUCUCAUUUCUCUCUCUCUCUCUCUCUCUCUCUCUCUCUCUCUCUCUCUCUCUCCUUUGUUCCUCGUCUCCGAGUGGUUAUGCAUUACAUGUUCAUUUAACAUUCAGUUAGGUUCACCUGGUUAAAGUCAGUCUGCUUUUUUCAGUUUGUGUCACUUCAUCAGAAACGUAACACACUGAUAAAGAAAAAAGGAAGUAGUCACUGGUGUGACUCUCCAAACAUACACACACUUUCAAACCCAGAAUUGACGGGGCUUUCUCCUUUCUUGCUGCAGUCUGACUGAUCCUAAUUAUCUCUAUUUAUCAUUUCUCUUUGUGAAUAUCUAGUAAAAAAAAAAAAAAUCAUUCCAAAUGAUAAUUAGAUCCCUUUGUGACAAAUAAGUGAUGGAUUUACAUGCACAUAGAAGUUUGUUCUCUUAUUGUGUUUGCAAAGGCCUUAUAUCUGAGCAGUUUAUUUAAUAUUCUUUGACUAAUGACAUGAAUUAAGGUCUGUGACGUGGUUAUCUGAGGGGCAAGCACUGUUCUGUCAUUUUGUUCGCUCCCAGAAUUUAAUAAGCGAGGUGUGGCUUGAACCCAAGUUACAUACACUAUAGGCACUUUGUUUUUGAUAACAUUAUCAAAUAUAAAAAUCCAUUAGCAGUAUUAUGAUUUUUCAGUACAGAAUUAAGACAGUUCUGAUUGAUGAUGCACUUUCAAAACCUCACUGCCCCCAAAUCUCAAACAAGCAGGAAUUAAAAAGAAAAAACUGCUACUUCUAUCUAACUGGACAGAAGUGUAACAUGGCAGGUCAACAACAAGGGUCAUACAGUUUCCUCACAGCUCCAUUUAAUAUUUUUGCUUUUUACAUGUCAUGAAAUAAUGCUCUGUAAGGCAAAAGGGCUGAUAUUACUGCUAAUCACACUGCAAAUCAACACUCACAUCUGAAGCUUUUUGCACCUUAAGAUGCUUUUAGUUUGUUGUUUUGGUUUGCUGAGGUUAGCCACUGUUCCUCUAGCCAAUCUCUAGCCAAUAAUUUCUUAAUAUUUCUUACAUCUGCCUGAAUUUGUCAUAUUCAUCAACUACAAUGCUCAUAAGGUUUUGACCCUAUGUUAAAGACUCGUGAGAGCUGCAGUUCUUGAAUGCUGUGAAUGAAACUGUAACAAGGCCCAGUUGCAUUGAGUUUGGUUUGGUGUCUGCUCCUUAGUUGUCAAAAAUUGAUUUAUGGAGGAUAUAUCAGGCUAAACCCUAAACGGGUCAAAUUAAAGCUGUGAGGUUUACCCCUUAACAACAGCAAUAUAAAUACAGUAUAGUGAUUCAAUUCUACAUAUAUAACCAUCCUCUCACUCUUGUUAAAAUAAAAAAACUGUUGAUUGGGUUUAAUCUGUGUCAUAACUUUUAAAAAACAACCACAAUCUGUUGCCAUUUUUUUCCAAGUUGUCAUCACUUUUUCUUUAAGUGGUGGAUAUCUCAUUUUGAAAUGAAUCUCUUUGUGUAUGAACUACACUUCCCAUUGGAUUCACAACCUACAAAAUCCACUGUACAGAAAAUCAUGGACAAUUUUACCAAACUAUCUACAAACGGUAUCCAGUCCAGGUGAGCUCAUAUCCUCCCCAGCCCUGACUAAUGGACACUGGAUGAUAUAGAUCUGCAUUAAUGUGCAACUCUGGUUUCACCUUGGAGAAUGGCAACCUUGUAUAGCUAAUCAAGUUUAUCAGUUAGUCAUGUACUGUAUGUAUGUAUGUACGUGUGGGUUUGUAUUUUCUUGACAUUAUACUAGACAUUGCACUUAUUCAACGUUUGCCUAAACAGGAGAAAUGGACUGUCCUCGGACCUGCAGACGGGUAGUGGAGAUAAAGGGGAGAAAAAGUAUUUAUGGAGUCCGCAAACACUAAAAUAUCCAACAUCUUAAAUAUGUCUCAACUGAGAUGGGCUUUCGUUGUCUCCUGGAACUAAAAUUCUGACUACUGAAUGGACUUUGAGGCACUGAAAGUGAGCAAAUUGUAAAUAAGGACAUUGGAGACCUUGUUGAAAUGUAUUGCCCAGAAAGAAGUGGACAUGUACAGCUUACUCAUUGUGUUGCGGGACUGUGCUAAUAGCUAAUGCCUGUUUUUGCCAAGAGGUUUGAGCUGCGAGUCUCUUUGAGAAUCUGUUCUUUGGCAGUCUGUCUCUGGUGAGUAAUGUUUUCAAAAAUGAUGUUGACGACAAUGAUGGUGAUUAUGAAGAUGAUGAUGAUGAAAGGCGACGAUGAAGGGAAAAAAAAGAAUAAAGCCUGAUUUUGCACAGUUUUA